AUGUCUUCCCCACCGCCGAUUGAUUUUCCUACGUCCGACAUGGACGACAUUGAGAUGGACGACGCCGCCACGACCGGCGGCCAGCAGUCGAUGUCAGGCGCACCACCCGUCCAGUCCUUGUUUCUCCCUGGCACGCCCUCCACCUCGGGCACACCGUCGCGUCGGAACGUGCCCCAGACCCCCACAAGUGGUACAGUUGCGCGAAGGGCGCUUGGGAUGAGCACCCCUCGACAACAGCGUACUCCGCUGUUCGCUCCGGGAAGCUCGUCUCCUAUGGCAUUUCCAAGUUCCUCUCCUACCAAAAAGACGCCCGUGGGACGUCGUAGGCUGGGGGAUUCUGAUGACCCUAGGUCCGCCAUGGAUUCUGAACCACUAGACUUCCCUACGUCUCCUGCCACCGCGUCCCCUGUCAAAAAUCGACGUGGCGAUAUACACUCUUCUCUCUCUAUCACACCUACGCGUCAGGGCAACGCGUCACGACGCGUCCCUGGCACGCGCGAUACCCUCAACUCGGACGGUACCAACCUCGAUAUCCCAGCAAGCUCUGCUCUUCCGCUCUCAGCGCCUGCUGCACCCUCCGAUGAACCGGACGAAAUUAGAGCCAUCUGGGGGACCACAGUCAACCUUACUGAGACCAUGAAGCUCUUCAAGGACUUCUUGCGCGGUUUCAAGCCUAAGUACCGCACUGCAUACAACCGUGAGAACGGAAUCCGUUCCAACUCGAUCACGCCUCAAAACGACGGCGAGGCCGUUUUGUACGAGGGGUUCCUCCGGCGCAUGCGCCAGACAGGGGAAACGAACCUCAACCUGGAUGUCGUAAACCUCCUUGCCUACCCGCCAUGCAGGAAACUCCACGGGCAGCUAGUCAAGUAUCCGCAAGAAGUCAUCCCUGCGAUGGAUCAGGUACUGAAGGACAUGAUGCUCGAGAUUGCUGAUUUAGAUGCGGAGGAGGGCAGAGAGGGUAUGUUGGGAGAAGAAGGCGAGGCGGAAAUCGCAGAGAUCAUGGGUAAAGUGUACAAGGUUCGGCCGUUCGGACUGAAAGCGGUGAAUAUGCGGGACCUCAACCCAACCGAUACGGACAAGCUGGUCUGCAUCAAGGGUCUCGUCAUUCGCGCAACACCCGUCAUACCGGACAUGAAAGUCGCCUUCUUCCGUUGCCUCACCUGUCUACACACCGUGCAGGUCGAAAUUGAUCGCGGCAAGAUCGACGAGCCCGGCCGAUGCCCCCGCGACGUCUGUAACUCCGUCGGCACCAUGUCCCUCGUGCACAAUCGGUGUGAAUUCGCGGAUAGACAGGUCAUACGCUUGCAAGAGACGCCGGACGUGGUUCCCGACGGGCAAACGCCACAUACUGUAUCGUUGAGCGUGUACGAUGAGCUCGUGGAUGUGACGAAGCCGGGUGACAGGCUCGUCGUGACGGGCAUCUUUAGAAGCGUCCCGGUCAGGGUGAACCCGAGGCAGAGAACUCUGAAGAGCCUGUUCAAGACUUUCCUGGAUGUCGUUCACAUACGUCUCGGCGGUGACGGACGCCUGCAGUUUGAUAAGAGCACCAGGCCAGCAGGCGGCGACAGGAUCCCUGGGGUAGGCGGUGUAGGCGGCGGAGACGAAGAGGAGGACGCCGUGCCCGCACCUCGACCAGCUGACAUCUUCGGCGAUCUUCCUAUGGACGAUGGACAAAGAAAGAAGAGCCGUCGUGAGGAGACGGAGGCUAAGCUGAUCGAACUGUCCCGCCGUCCGGACUUGUACGAUGUGCUUGCCCGCAGUCUAGCUCCAAGCAUUUGGUCCAUGGACGAUGUCAAGAAAGGGAUUCUCCUACAGCUCUUCGGCGGCACUAAUAAGAGCAUCGCGCGGGGCGGAGGUGGCGGUGGGCCAAGGUAUCGAGGAGACAUAAACGUGCUAAUGGUCGGAGACCCGGGAACAAGUAAAUCCCAGAUCCUAUCGUAUGUGCAUAAGUUGGCGCCCCGUGGAGUGUACACCUCCGGCAAGGGCUCAUCAGCUGUCGGUUUGACCGCCUACGUGACCCGUGAUCCGGACUCGAAACAACUCGUGUUGGAAAGUGGAGCGCUCGUGCUGAGUGACGGGGGCGUGUGCUGCAUCGACGAGUUCGACAAAAUGUCUGAUGCUACACGAAGUGUCCUCCAUGAGGUCAUGGAACAACAAACGGUCUCCGUGGCCAAGGCUGGUAUUAUUACUACUCUUAACGCAAGGACUUCCAUUCUCGCAGCGGCCAACCCUGUGGGCUCGAAAUACAACGUCGACGAACCGAUCACGAAGAAUAUCGAUUUGCCUCCAACACUGAUCUCGCGAUUUGACUUGCUGUACCUGGUGCUUGACCAGGUGGAUGAAGCUCAUGAUCGUCGCCUAGCCCAACAUCUUGUCAGUCUCUAUCUUGAGGAUAGACCAGAAACUGGCGGCCAAGAUAUCGUUCCUCAGGAGCAACUUGGCGCAUAUAUCAGCUAUGCUCGCUCUCGUAUAAAUCCGGCGUUGACCGAGGAGGCAUCGAAUGAGCUCGUCCGCGCCUAUGUGGAACUUCGCAAAACUGGAGAAGAUCCACGUUCGCACGAAAAGCGCAUCACUGCGACCACACGGCAGCUGGAGAGUAUGAUUCGUCUUUCCGAGGCGCAUGCUCGUAUGCGCUUCUCGUCCGUCGUCGAGCUUGACGAUGUGAAGGAGGCUUGCCGUCUGAUGCGCGAGGCGAUUCGCACGGCGGCUAUCGAUCCGCGCACUGGCAAGAUCGACCUCGGUCUGAUCAACACAGGCGUGAGCGAAGGCCAGCGCCGCCAACGCGAGUCGUUGCGCAAGGAGGUGAUGAAUCUCGUGCAGCGCUCUGGAGCACGCGGCGUCAGAUGGCCCGAUGCAGUCAGGCAACUAGGGGAGCAGAGCAGCGUUCGCAUUGACCCUGGCGAGUUCGCGUUCGUGGUGCAGGAGCUCGAGCAGGAGGGCGUCGUCUCUGUCGUAGGUGAGAGGGAUCGCAGGAUGAUCCGACGUGUCGAGGGCGUAUGAGUGGUAGAC